AAACAGGUCAGAGGCCUCCUCACUUGCCUGCUCAGUUUUAUCCCUAGAAGCAGCUAGCUACUCCAGGUGCGUAGGUGCCAUGCAGCCCCGGACGCUCCUCAUUGUGGCCCUGGUGGCUCUCCUGGCAUCUGCCCGAGCUGAUGAGGGCGAUGGAUCCUUGCUGCUGGGCUCUGUGCAGGGCUACAUGGAACAAGCCUCCAAGACGGUCCAGAAUGCACUAACCAGUGUGCAGGAGUCUGAUUUAGCCAUGGUGACCAGGGGCUGGAUGGACACUCGCUUCAGAUCCCUGAAAGACUACUGGAGCAAGUUUACUGACAAGUUCACUGGCCUCUGGGAUUCUAUCCCUGAGGACCAACCAACUGAGCCGUGAGACGUCUAUGUUCCAAAUGUACCUGUUUAUCCAUCCUGCUGGACCCCCUCCCUCCCCCCAGGCCUGUCAGGUGGCCCCUGAAGGUUGCUUUAAGGGGAAAGAAAGUAUAUUCUCAUGUCUUCAGCCCUCCCCAGGCCUCACCUAAACAUGCUAAUAAAGUUGCAUAAGACGCUGCCACGA